UGUGCAAAACUAUAUAUAUGAGUGCUUUCUGUUGUAAUUUCUCUUUGAGCCUACAUUACGUAUCAGCGGUAUCUCGUAUAGAGUAUCCCGGAUCAAGUCUGGGCCGCCAUUUUGGAAAGUUGACCAGAAAUAACCGGGAUCUUUUCAAGAUGUACGGUGUCCACGGAGGCAGGUCGCGCUGUUCACCGUUCUGGGAGCAGUUGAUGGAUUGUGCACAACAAGCUGGUAGGCGGAGCCAGUGGGAAAAAUGUCAGCACCAGCGGGAGGAUUACAUCGAGUGUUUACACCACAGAAAACUGUAUACAAGAAUUGAGAGGAUAGAAAAAGAAAAAGAAAAACUUAAGAAAGAAGGCAAAUGGCCACCAAAACAAGAGGAAGCUAAAUCUUAGAGUUUCAUUGUAAGAUUGUACAGUUUUUCUGAUGUAUGCUAAAGGGAGUCACCUCAUGGGUGUGAAUUUGUUAAAGAUAAUUUUGCAAAAUAUUUUGUGUCAAUAACAGUAAAGGUUCAACGAAAACA